CGUUGAUAAAUUAUUGUUUAUUUAUUUUACGAUUAAGAUUAUAAAUGUACUAAAUGCUAUUAUUACAAUGCAUAAUUAAUUAUUUUCAAGUUCAUUAUUACAGUUUCUUUAAAGUACAUCAGCGAUUUCCUGAACACAUUACGUCUAAUACAAAUAUGGUGGAGACUAUUAAAAAUCUACCAGAGUUACUCAAAAACACUUUGGUUGAUUCAAAAAUUAAAAGUGUUGAAAUUAAGCGGCUAACAGCUCCUGGAGAAAAUUACGGUAGUUUAAUGCUGAAAUUGGAUGUAACUUUGAAAAGUAACAGUGGACAUGAAGAAAAAUUGCAACUGGUCGCGAAAAAAAUUCCUGUUGAUGAAUUAUUUAAAACAAGUUUUAACAUUCAAGUUACUUUCAAAAAUGAAGUGGCUAUGUACGAAACGGUAGUACCGAUUUUACAAAAUUUUCAAAGAGAAAAUGGCGUUCAAGAAGUAAUAAAUUGUUUUCCCAAAUAUUACGGUUCAAGAAUUAAUUUAAAUAACAGCGAUGUUGUAGAUGAAAAUGCUAUUUUGAUUCUGGAAAACUUGGUAGCAUCAGGAUACAAAAACAUCGAUCGAACAGUGGGCUUUAAUUUAGACUCAAUCAAACUAAUACUCAAGGACUUAGCGGAAUUACAUGCAGUUCCAAUAGCACUUAAGCUCAAAAAGCCAAAUAGUUUUGAGCCUCUCAAAAAGCAUUGCCACGAUUUUGAAUUCAGUGCAGAAUUGCAUCAAAUGUUUUGGGAAACUACAAGAGAAAUUAUAAAAGAGAACGAACAUUGUGCAAAAUUAUUAGAUAAAAUAAAUUUAAUAACUGAGGUUGAUAGACCUAAAGUUAAAGAACCUUUUGCUACUUUAGUCCACUACGAUCUUUGGUGCAACAACUCCAUGCAGAAAUUUUCACACGAUGUAGCAGUACAAAACAAAUUUCUUGAUUUUCAGUUUUUAGCUUAUGGUUCUCCAGCAUCUGAUUUAUUCUUCUUACUAUGGACAAGUGUACAACUGGAAGUCUUAGAAAAUUAUUUUGAAGAUCUACUCGUUCACUACCACAAUCAUUUUAUUAAGACAUUAAAAACGUUAGGUUGCGAUACUAAACCGUUCUGUUAUGAACAUUUUUUGUAUGAAAUUAAGGAGCAGUGUGUAUUUGAAGUUGGUCAUACGCUUCAUUUUAUAUUUUUCGUUGUUAAUGGUAAAAAAGAUAGAACGGAAGAUAUAAAGUUUCCUGAUGAUAUUGAUAAAAUUAAAAAUGAAGUUACUCUAAGAGCUAAGCAGCAAGUUUGGCUAAUGUUGCAGGAUUGUGAGAAGAGGGGUUGGUUGUAUGAAAGUAAAAAUUAACAAGUUAUGAGUUUGGUACCAAAAAAUCAUUUAAGAUAAAAUAAUCGUUUUUUUUUAAUGAAUAGGUAUCCUACAGAGAUUUAACCGAACUGCUAUAUUUUUUUUUAUGAAAAUACCAGUUUAUUUAAUUAUAAGUACAAUUUCAACUAAACCUUCUUGAGCGUUCAAGUUUUAAGAAAAUACUGUAAAAAUUAUUUUUUAAUUUAACGAAAUAAAAUAAAAACUUAUGUAAUAA